UGAUAAUGCACUUUAGGGAAUUUACCUUCUAAGGACGGCCAAAAAGUUAUAAAAAGAAAUAUAUAAUUUUUUUUGAAAUACCUCUAUUAAAUUUUACUGCGAAUUUAAAAUUUUUAAUUUUUAAUUGGAUUUCUCGGGCAUUAUUUUACGUAAUUGGGCUGAGCUCAAACUGCAUUUUAUCGUCGGGACUCAUAUUGCCAUCAAGCAGUGAUAUCAAAAUUUUGAAAGCACCGAGAAAUGAUUACGGUUACUUGUUAAAGAGAAAUUUGGAGGACAAUUUUGAGGAAGCUGAUUCGAAAGAGAGGCGCAGCAAUAUGGGCUCGUCAUUUAUAAGAUUUGGUCGCAGUAAUCCAAUGGAAAAAUUUAAUACUAUUGAGCAAAAUGAGGAUUCAAAAACUGAAAGGCAAACACGAACGAGGCCCGACGUUAUUAUAAGAUUCGGCAGAUCCGGUCAAAAACAGGGUCAAACUUAUGAUCGACAUUCAAGGGGUGAUCUCAAAUUUAUUAGAUUUGGACGUAAUUAUAUACCGACGAAUCUGGACUUGUCCUUAAUUUGUUCAGACGUACCAGUGGAUAGUGAAACCUAUGAAAAAGGCCUUCGAUUUUUUCCAACGAGACUUGCCCGACUUUGUAAUGAGUUGGGCCUUAGUAAUGAUCGAUAUGAGUUUAUUAGCGACGAGCAAGCUGAAUUUAAGCAGGAAUAAUCUCGGAUUUACGGUCUAGACCGAGUUCGUAUAUAAAGUUACAUCGUUAAUCGCUUUGUUUCACAAUGUCAAUACACUCCCAUCCACCCCCUUCACUACCCACUUAACGGCUGCUUAACAAUUGUCCAACAAAGUGAUUUUAUGAAUUCAGCAAAAUACGACUCGGAAAAUUUGCCCGAAAGUGAGAUUGCAAAUAUAUAUAUAUAACAAAAAUUAAGUAAAAUACAUAAUAUAUAAAUUAUAUUGAAUAUCGCACUCAGAAAAACGUUUGUUUGAUACCAAGUCAAUUUAAAAAAAAUUUUUUUUUACAUCUAAUUUCUAGAUUCUACUCAAUUUUUAAAAUAAUUCCUUAAUUUCCUUAAUUGCCUUCUCUUUUAAUCAAAAAGCUUUUUAAUUUA